CCCAUCUCAUUCAUACAUUUUCCCCGUCUAGCGUCAUUCAUUUCCUAUCCGCCGCUUUUCUCCUCGGUUCCUCCGGUCUGGAGGAAGGGGCAGGUAGAUCAGAGGAAUGAGUCGUCGGUCAGCCCGGGGCUCAGAGACGCUCCCUGUCACCGUGUGAAUGAUCUGAAGAGGGGCGGCAAGAGCCUCUCAUUAGCGGCAGCCUCGCACCCAGUCCAGCCGGAGUAAAGAAUUGAUACACAAUGGGAGCAUUUUUAGAUAAGCCAAAGAUGGAGAAGCAUAAUGCUCAUGGGCAGGGCAAUGAACUGCGAUAUGGGCUUAGUAGCAUGCAAGGUUGGCGCGUUGAAAUGGAAGAUGCCCAUACAGCUGCUAUUGGGCUACCAAAUGGACUUGAUGCAUGGUCAUUUUUUGCGGUCUAUGAUGGACACGCUGGAUCCCAGGUUGCCAAGUACUGCUGUGAGCAUUUGCUGGAUCACAUCACAAGCAACCAGGAUUUCAAAGGGACAGAUGGACAUCUGUCUGUGUGGAGUGUAAAAAAUGGAAUCAGAACCGGAUUUCUCCAGAUUGAUGAACAUAUGAGGGUAAUCUCCGAGAAGAAACAUGGCGCCGACAGAAGUGGAUCGACGGCUGUUGGGGUGAUGCUCUCCCCAAAUCACAUUUACUUUAUCAACUGUGGAGACUCCAGAGGUUUACUUUGCAGGAGCAAGAAAGUGCAUUUCUUUACACAGGAUCAUAAACCAAGCAAUCCUCUCGAAAAGGAGCGCAUACAAAAUGCCGGGGGCUCUGUGAUGAUUCAACGUGUAAACGGGUCGCUUGCUGUUUCAAGGGCUCUGGGUGACUUUGACUACAAAUGUGUCCAUGGAAAAGGCCCUACGGAGCAGCUUGUUUCGCCCGAGCCUGAAGUUUAUGAAAUUGAGCGUUCAGAAGAAGAUGACCAGUUUAUCAUUUUGGCAUGUGAUGGUAUUUGGGAUGUCAUGGGAAACGAAGAGCUGUGUGAUUUUGUGGGGUCAAGACUUGAAGUUACUGAUGACCUUGAAAGGGUGUGCAAUGAAAUAGUGGACACCUGCCUGUACAAGGGAAGCAGAGACAACAUGAGUGUCAUACUGAUCUGUUUUCCAAGUGCUCCAAAAGUAUUGCCCGAGGCAGUGAAAAGGGAGGCGGAACUGGACAAGUACCUGGAAGGCAGAGUAGAAGACAUCAUAAAGAAGCAGGGUGAAGAAGGUGUACCAGACUUAGUCCAUGUGAUGCGCACAUUAGCCUCCGAGAACAUCCCUCAUCUCCCACCUGGGGGCGAAUUGGCCAGCAAACGGAGUGUGAUUGAAGCAGUGUACAACAGAUUGAAUCCAUAUAGAAAUGAUGACACUGAUUCUGCAUCAACAGAUGAUAUGUGGUAAAUCUGUUCCUAUAACUAUGGAGUUUACACUCAUCCUCCGAAAGAACCUACAACCCAACCUCAGUGAUCCUUCUUAGCGUCCAACCAUAACCUUGCCAUUUACAGAAGGGAAUGUGAUGUGGGUGAGAGUGAUGAUACAGAUUAUCCCAAUAAUUUGUUUUCCUGUUUAUCCCCCAUCUCCUCCCCACAGGCUUUUUUUUGUAAAAUUUCUGUACCUUUAAUUCAAACAAGAAUUCAACAUGUAAAUCAGACUCCAGCAAAAAAAAUUUUUUUUUUUGUUGUAUGAUUUUUGUUUUUGUAAAGUGCAAUUGUCCUUGUAUAAAGUGGUCGUAUUUAAUUAUGGACUGCAAAUUGCUCUAAAGGUAACAGGAGGUCUGGCUUGUUUGUGACACCACCACUUAUCUAACCCUAUACAUAUAUGUGAUGGUUUUAGAUGGAAAAGGAAGCAGCAACAUAACCAGCUGGAUUCCCAUGAUCUUGUUAAUAAUAUUGUAAUGUUAGUGAAUAUUACUAGCCUGCCAUUCUUAUCAUAAUGAAUGUUGAACUUUCUGUGGUUAAAUUCUAUGCUGAAGGGGCCCUUAGCCAAUCACGUUGAGUUAAAUGCCUCCGCCGCCUUAGAGCUUAAACGCAUUCCUUGGGUUUUCGAAAAGCAAUUUUGAGAAUGAAGACGAAAGGGGAACUAAUCGUUUUGCGUGCAGAGAGGGAGAAUAAUGGGGAAACUUAUUUUUAAAAUUCCACUGGCUGGGUCUGUUGCUGCUACAGAGUCUUCAAUUACAUUUUAUCAAUAAAGCUUGAUUUGACUAAUAAAUAUAUUCACAAAGGAGUAAUUUCUCACUCUGUCCUUGGAGACUGUGCCAGUAGGAGAGGACGUAGAGUGUCAGCUCUGCAGCAGCUGCAAACAGUAACACUUUGGCUAAUGUGUGUAUUUCUCCUGACCACUUUUCUUUUUUUAAACAAUGAUAAACUUGCUUGAAUAUUUGUCAAUUCAGAAUUGUAGCAUGUUACAGGACAAAAAGAUUUAAUUUCUGGAUAUUUGGAAUUAAAUAUAGAAUUCUGCAUAUGAAA